AUGCGUGCCAAGCUCCUCGAGGACGAUGUGGCGCCGACAGAGGAUCGGAGGGCGCUGCUGGACCUCAUGCGGCUGUGGCGAGAGGACGCGAUGAAGCACCACCUCUAUGAGACGGCCAUCUUUUGGGGUGACAAGGUGCUCAGCCUGGAGACCUCUGCUCAGGCCUGGACAGACGCCUACCACCUGGCCACAGCCUUCUUUCUCACGCACCGGUACGCACAGGCCGAGCACCUCCUCUGCUCGCCUCUGCGCAACGCAGCCGAAGAAGACGAAGAAGAGGAUGAUGGCGUCAAGCUCAUCGAUAUCAGCUCGCCUGCACGAUACCUGGCAGCGCAGUGCAUGGUCCGCCAGGCCAAAUACCACGAUGCCCUCGACCUGCUCAACAGCGAGCGGCUGGAAGAGGAAAAGUACGGACCAAAGGUUCCUUGCAAGGACGGCGGCAUCAAGCUUGCCUCGUCCAAGUGGCACCUGCGUGGUCUCAUCCAGCUGCGUCUGGGCAAGCAGGCCGAAGCGCAGCAGUCCUUUGUCCGCGCCCUCUCUCUUGACGUGAAGAAUUAUGAGGCAUUCGAUCAGCUCGUUGGCGGACAACUGCUCAGCGCCCGAGAGCAGUGGGAGUUCGUUCAGGGUCUCGAAUACGUCGCUCAGGCCGGCGACGAUGGGCUGCAUCAGGAAGCGCUGCAACUCGUAAAGUUCAUGUACACGACGAGGCUCGACAAGUCGGGCAGGGUCCACGCUCAACAGGCUGCGGCCGCGCGCAGGCAGCUCUACCGUCUCUACCGGCUCGACAACAAUGCUGACGUCCUCUUGGGCUUGGCCGAGGAGCUAUUUGCGCGUCAGAGGUACAAAGACUGCCACGCCGUGACGCUGCGCAUCAUGGACCUGUCCAAGGACCACGAGGCGGCGCUGACGGUUCACGUUUCCACCAUGGUGUACCUCGACGAUCUCCGACCGACUCUCUUUCUCUUGGCGCAUCAUCUCACCGAUCGAGACUCCGACCUGGCCGCGGCUUGGUACGCGGUCGGCUGCUGGUACAUGGCGUCGGGGCGCUAUUCCGAGGCCCGACGGUACUUUUCAAAGGCCGUCUCGCUCAACCCGAGGUACGCGGCCAGCUGGGUCGCAUUUGCCCACUGUUUUGCCAACGAAGGCGAAUCGGACCGCGCCAUUGUCGCCUACACGACGGCCGAGAGGAUGUUUACGCAGUCGCACCUCCCCAAGCUCUUCAUCGGCAUGGAGCACCUCCACCAGGGCAAUCUCGUGCUGGCAGAAACGUCACUGAAGGGCAGCGCGCUCGUGUGGGAGGACGACGCGCUGGGGAGGAACGAGCGGGGUGUGGUGGCCUACUACAAGGGCGAGUACCAAGAAGCCAUCAAUCUAUUCGAGGCGGCUCUCGAAGCAGCCGAUGAUGUGCAGAUGCCUGCUUCCUCAUGGGCUCCAACACACCUCAACUUGGGCUUCGCCUAUCGCCGAUCAGAACGAUAUGAAAAGGCAAGAAGGGCAUUUAUGAAGACGAUGGAGUUGGAUCCGGAGUGUGGACCGGCACACACAGGCCUCGCCAUGAUCUACCAUCGUGAGGGCUAUCUCGACGAGGCCGUCGCCUGGUAUGAAAAGGUGAGUUCUUCCUCUUCUCUCUACUUAUGA